AUGAUAUUCAUCUUGAGAAUGGUGUUGAUAUUUGGGAUAUUAACUCUGUUCUAUUUACGUUACUUGCUGAUGGGUACAGCAGAGGAUUUGAAUGAAAACGAAAAUUCAUGGAUUCAAAGUUCAUAUAAUCGCAAAAUUUUAUCAGUGGAUUAUGAUUUGGAUUUUGGCAAUUGUACACCUCCUGCAAUCUUGGAGUUUCCCUCUGAUGGCUUAAAUCGAGAACAACGUCUACACGGUUGGAUAAUCAUACAUAUUGUGUUGGUGUUCUAUGGGUUUUGGUUUCUGGCAGCAAUAUGUGAUGAUUAUAUGGUGCCAAGUAUUGAGCAGAUUUGUUCGAAUUUCAAAAUUGACGAAGAUGUAAUUGGAGCUACUGUUAUGGCAGCGGCGGUCUCUAGUCCCGAACUAUUUAUGAAUGUCGUUGGUACCUUUAUCACCAAGGGAGACAUUGGAGUGAGUGCAAUUGUGGGCUCAGCCGUAUUCAAUCUUUUGGCUGUGCCAGCCUGUUGUGGACUAUUUGCUCUUAGCUAUCUAAAAUUGGAUUGGUGGCCAAUUACUCGAGACUGUUUAGUAUAUCUUGCUGCCGUCUUAACGUUACUUGGCAUUCUAAAAGAUGGCAAGGUUUUGUGGUAUGAAGCUUUUGGCUUAAUUAUAGCAUAUUUCGUAUAUAUGUUGGUCAUGUAUCACAACCAGAAAAUGUCCACAACAGCUAAACGACUUUUACAAACAUGUGGCCUGCACACACCUCAGUAUCAGGAAGUUUGUGAAUUUACACCACUAUUGCCAAAAAAUGAUUCGAAAUUUAGUCUUGCCACAGAGGCAUAUUUGAAUUUGGAAAAGGGUCUGCAUUCAUCACACAUGAUGUUGUAUUUGGAGCAACAAGAAAAAGAAGAAAACAUCAGAUCGCCCUGGUCUUGUGAGGGAUACUCAAAAGUGGAGUUUAUAUUCCGCUGGCCCAUAACUGCACUUUUAUGGUUGACCGUGCCCAAUUGCCGGCAACGACACUCACUCAAAUAUAUAACAUUGACGUUGACUAUUUUAUGGACCGGCAUAAUGUCCUAUGUGGUAGCAUUUGGUAUAACAAUUAUUGGUGAUACCCUGUUUAUCCCCGACUCUGUCAUGGGACUCACUAUAUUGGCUGCUGGUAUGAGUAUACCGGAAGCAAUAUGUAGUAUUAUAGUGACACGACAAGGACAGGCUUCAAAAGGUCUUAGUAACUCCCUCGGUUCGAAUACAUUUGACAUUUUACUUUGUUUAGGUCUACCAUGGCUGGUUAAAUCCUAUUUUUCACCAGAUGAUCCACAAGAAUCGGCGGUAACAUUAAAUUCCAAAGGAUUAACAUUUACCAGUGUUGCUCUGUUGACAUCAUUGGUGGCCCUCUAUGUUAUCUUUGUACUUAACAAAUUUACAUUAAAUCGGAAAGUUGGCCUCUCUUGUCUGAUACUGUAUAUUAUUAUAAUGACUCUAACAACGUUAAUGCAAUUGAAUGUAUUUUUCCCUGUCAAUUUACCCGUUUGUCCGCAUUAAU